AAAUGAAUAAUUUGACAUUUUAUGUACACCUCGAUGUUGUACCAUUUUAUAGUUUCAAGAAACCAAGGAACACAUAUAAAAUAUAAAGUAAAAACAUCAAUUUAUAUAUCUCAUGCAGGAAUAUUCCUUUUAAGUAUAAAGUUACAUCUGAACACUUUAAAUUGAUAGUAUAUAUAUUUUUGGGAGUACCAUUACUGAUACAUUUACCCAAUGCAAGUGGAUCAACGAACACAGAAGUUUGCACAAGGUCCUCCUCAGUUGCCUCGUUUAUAUAAAGGGCAAGAAAUUAGAACAGGACCAUAUACUACCGUAGUUACUGAUCAGAUGGUAGCACAAAGAGAACGAGAAAAUCAAGAAUUGUAUAAUACUUGGCUCGAACUUCAAAGAAGAAGAGAAAUGGACCCAGAUGAUGAAGAUUCAGAUUAUGUUGGCGAUUUUAAGCAGAAUAUAGUGAGACGAAAUUUCAUUAGGAAAGUUUUCUGUAUUUUAACGCUCCAGUUAUUAUUUACGACUGGGGUUAUAGCUGUCUUUCUGUUUGUGGAUGCUGCAAAAAAAUUUAUGAUAGUCAAUUGGUAUUUGUGGAUAAUAGCCAUGAUGUGCUUUACUAUUUCUUAUUGCGCCGUGUCCUUUUCUGAACGUGCUAGACGUAAAACACCUUACAACUACAUAUGGCUAUGCAAAUUGACAUUAGCAAUGUCAUAUCUAGUUGCUUUUGCAUCUGUUUUUUACGAGGUUGAAAUAAUUUUUUUGGCAUUUGGUAUGACAACAUUGAUUACCUUAGGAAUAGGUCUUAUUGCAACAUUUUCAAAGUUUGAUUUAACAAUGAGAAGCGGACUUAUGAUGAUAAUUGGAUUGGCUUCUAUAGUUGCCAUUUUUGUGAUGAUGAUAGUUCUGAUGUUUACCCAUAUAAAAGUAUUACAUAUAGUAAUUUCAAUAAUAGGAAUGCUGCUAUUGUCAAUGUAUCUGUAUUUUGAUGUGCAAACAAUUAUGGGUGGAAGAAGAAUAGAAAUACAUCCUGAAGAGGUAAUAUUUGCAACUGUGCAAAUCUAUGUUGACAUUGUCCUCUUAUAUCAAUAUGUAUUAAUGUUUAUGGGCUUAAUUCAUCACCAAUAGAUAUUUCAAAUAAAAGCA